AUUGUUUUUAAAGGGACAGAAUAAUUUCAUGGGCGAGGGCUUUGGACCAAGAGCCAAGCAGAAAAUAGCAAAGGCCCGUUGGCAGAGUUGCCUAUAGGACGUGGAAAGGAGAAGAAAGGCAAUUAAAACAGCGUUGUCGACAUUUGGAAAGCAGGUUCUUGUAUCCUCAUCGGUCAGAUAUAUCUUCGUUACACUGUGGGAUUUCAACGCAGAUAGUUUGACAUCGAUUACACUGAAGAUCUGGAGAUCCUGUCUGCUGUCUAAAAUAGGAUCAAACUCUUCCUCCAGAUAUGAAGGGAAUGUUAGUUUCCUGACUGCUGCAGCCCUUGUUAUUGUCAUCGUUAUAUGUUUGCUGUGGGGGAGGAACAGAAAGAAAGGCCUGCACUCCCUAAUUCAAUGCAAGUAACCCUUCAACUCAUCACAGUCUUGAAGCAACAACAAGCACGACUUAAGAGCUCCGACAGAGAGGACGGAGAAACAGACGAGGAGGAAAGGGCAGGAGUUCUUAGAGAGUCGUCAGACUGGCAUACUUGACCUUCAUUAGACUGUGCUCACUGCAUCGCAAGAUGUGACACAUACACUACUGUUCAAAACUUUGAGGUUGUGUCUCUGGAAUGCCUGGCUCAGGAUGCAGCCGCUGAGCAGUCCACUCCUUUCAGGAGCCAAGGGGGGGUGUGAUUGGCCGCUGGCCUUAUCUGGGUGGAGCUGUAGGAGGGAUAAUACUUAUUCAUUGGCACGUUCUGCAAGGCCCCUCCCACCUCACUGACGCUCUGCCCUUGGCCCCUGUUAGCUGCCUGUGUAUCUGGGAAUGCUGUUGUUGCAUCAGAGGGGCAGUAUUGGAGAUGGCAGAACUCAGGGGCUAAGGUCAGGGUCAAGAUUCAAGGGUCAACACAGCUCAGAAGCUGCAGGGGUGGAUGUGGAAGGACCUGAAGCCAAGCUGCAGGCACCAACAGGCAUGUAGGUUAGGAAAAUGGUCAUUCACACACUUCUUCGAAGCUGUACGCACUGUGGAAAUCCCAAGUAAAUUCCAUCUAUGAGACGGGAAGCUUACUUUCACUUUCACAGCCUUGUUGCACUUGUUUAGACAUUCUAAAACUCUCUGGAGCUUGUCUUUAUUAUUUAACACUGCACAACUGCCCCUGAAACAAUCACCCAGCACAAAUAAAGUCACUAUGCGUCACAUCCACGUGGAACUGGCUCGUAAAGAGCCAGCCGUUGAGCUUCCAGCCCAGGACGGGGAUCUACCUCUGCCUAGCGCUCAGAGCGAGAGCCCUGAAUCUGAAAUACGGCGAGUCGUUUCCAGACCUUUUGGAGAAGAAGAGAUCAGGCUGCAAAAGGUCUACCAGCUAUCCAUCCUCUCCCAAAGAGGUGGUUUUGGUGAAAAUCAAGAGACUCUUCGGCCUAUUCGAGUAGGUAUGAAACGUAGCCUGGAGGGGACGUCGGUACCUGUCACUCACAAGCGUCUUUUCCAACAGGAUGAGGAUGACGAUGAUGAGUCCGAUGGGAAGGUGCUAUGUGGGUCUGGGGUGGAACCACUUUUUUCCAACUUGCUCCUUGAGCACAGAGACUCAGAAAUCCCUAGGUCGCCUCCCCUUUCCCCUUCGCAUCUACUGAUUCCUGGUCGCCGCCCAGCCCAGCACAACCACGACAGACCCAUCCCAGAUGCCUUCGCCCCGCUGUCCCCAAAAUCUCCCCCUAUGGUGGACCCACAGGGCCCUCACUGCACCUGGGGCCACUGUGAAGGGAGUCCUCCUACCCUUACUCCCAGAACCGAGGCCUCCACAGCAGGAAAUGUCCUGGCUGGCUCCAGCGAAGGACCACGGGACGAAUGCCAUAACUCUGUCGACGUCAAGGUCAUGUUGUGCACCACAGAGAGUUGGGCACCUGUCCCAUUUUCAACACCAGCUGAAGCUGUCGAAUGGCGGGAAACUUUUGAAUCUUCUCCUCCACCAUCAGAGAUGAAGACCUCCUCAUCCUCUUCCUCCUCCUCUAACGGACUGAGCUCUCUUGAGAAAACACCAGUGGAAGCAAAUGGCCUGACAUCAGGAUCAUCCAAUUCCUGCCCAGUGAAGAAAAGACUUCUCUCCUCCAGUGAUACAGGAGAGUCCUGCUCAGAAGAUGAGGGUCCAUCUACAUCAAAACGAAGUCGAUUGGCAAUGCUGGCACCGGGGCUCGGAUUAGCAUCCUGUCGCAGCACUGAUGCCAAGGGUGCACCCUUCUGGAACCAUCUACUACCCUCAGCAAGGGAACACACCAAGACUGCUACAGGAUCAGGGAGAAGGCUCAAAGUGGGGAGUCGACUCAAAUCUCGACAGUUACGCAGUGGACGCCGGACAGACACCAGUCGCUCCUGUAGUUCAAUUUCCUCUUUAUCCUCCAUUAGCAGACCUCUUCUUGGCAACUUUGAGGAGUCAAUUCUGAAGGGUCGUUUUACUCCAUCUGGGCAGAUAGAGGGCUUCACAGCAGAGAUCGGGGCUAGCGGCUCAUAUUGCCCGCAACAUGCCACCUUACCUGUGCAAGUGACGUAUUAUGACACCUCUGAGCACAGCGCCCCUUCUCCCUUCCUGGGGGUGAUCUUGCUAGAACCACUUGGGAAAAAAGGAUACAGCGUACCCAAAGCAGGGACCAUUCAAGUGACCUUAUUUAACCCUAAUAAGACUGUGGUUAAAAUGUUUUUGGUGACGUAUAAUUUUGGGGACAUGCCCGUUAAUCACAUGACCUUCUUGCGCCAUCGUAUCUUCCUGGUGCCUGUUGAUGAGGCGGAGGGGUCAAGGGAGGGGCAGGAGGGCUCCUUGUCUGACAGGAAGAAGAUUCUCUGCUACUUGAUACACCUCAGAUUCCAGAGUUCCAAAUCUGGGAAAAUCUACUUGCACAAUGAUAUCCGGCUGCUAUUCUCCCGCAAGUCCAUCGAGGUAGACGCUGGGAUUCCUUACGAGCUGAAAUCUUUCACCGAGGUGCCAAGAAACCCCAAAUACUCCCCCAGAGUGUGAGAUCGUCAUGCCCUGCUGCAGUGGGGCAGAAGGACUCAAUUAAUUAAGAUUGCAAGACAAGAGACCCCUAUACACUUGAACGCAUACACACUUGCACUCAUACAUGCAUACGCAGACAAGAUGUAUGUACAUGCACACAGAUAUCACUCUCUCGAGGGCAAACUCUAGAACUGAGUGUGUAACAUGCAUGCCUUGUGACUAAAUUGAGUUUUCCUUUAGUGCCGUUAAACAGUUAAGCUUUGCCCUUCACUCUGCCUGCACCUGCCUACUGUGGACCAGUUGUAACCAUGCCUACCAACCCGAUCUAUCCUAAAAUGUUGGUGACCAUCAGUAGAUACAGACUUCCUCGAUUAAUGAGGACUUAUUGGACGUACAAAGAGGUACAAUGAGACCAACAGAAAUGUAUGGAGGCGAAGCAAAUGGAAAAAGAGACUUCUGAGGCCCAGAUUGGAGUUUCAACAAUGGACACCACCUGUAACUUGCCCUUCGGAAGGGCUAAGAAAGUUCUAGAAAGAAAGACACCAACAGAACAGAGGACUGAAAGUACAUCCAUUUAGUAUCUGCAUUGUGUUCGUAAAGCAUGGGUCAUAAAGAGGAGAAUAGCUCAUUAUUUUGGACAUUUUCUCUUUUUGGAAGGGCAGUUUGGAGGACAUUGCUGUUUCAACUUCUGAACAGUCCAACAUCAGAGCAGAAAACAAACUAGUAUUUAUGCUCGCAAAUGUCUUUAAAAAAAAAAAAAAGCAAUAUGCUGCACAACUAGUGAUUUCAUUUUUGUGGAGGUAGUAGGUGCCCUCUCUGCUAGGAUUUAGGGAAAAGAUUGCCAAGUGAGAGAUGAAGGAGGGAGGAAAAAGAAGUAAACGGGAGGGAAUUUGGGGUAUUUAAAAUCAGAAAAUGUUGUUUAUGUAUAUUUUAAAAAUUGAUUAAACUCUGUGACUUAAGGGUGAAACCAGUGUUUGACCGUAAUUUGCCAAGGGAUACUUGAGAAGCAAUGCCGAGGUUUGUUCCUGUAUAUUUUGUGUAUGGUCAAUAAAAUACAUUCACUUACAAC